CACUCUUACGUGAAUGAUGUCAAUAUGGCGUGAAUAACGAAAAUAUGGCGUGAAUAAAUGACAAAAAUGCGUGAAUUAGGUGUUCUUGUCACCUAACGUGACAAGAAACUUGAUUCUUUUUUAUGGGCGAAAUAGCAUCUUCUGACCAACCCAUUGACAACAACAAGUUGUAAAAUAUAAUUGAUUAAUCCUCCGCCGGACUAACUUACAGUUCACUCAUCCACCAAACAUAAAGUAAACAUAUAUUGCAAAUUUUUGGUUAGUCAGAGGAUGGAGAUCAUGAGUAGUGGAGAUGGGAAAGUGGUGGUGGGAGUGACAGGAGCUUCAGGUUUCAUAGCUUCGUGGCUAAUCAAGCUCCUGCUUCACCAUGGCUACACCGUCAAAGCUUCUGUCCGUGACCCCAGUGAUGAAAAGAAGACAGCCCACUUACUUGGAUUCGAUGGAGCUAAAGAAAGGCUGCAACUUUUCAAAGCUGACCUGCUGGAAGAAGGGUCCUUCGACUCCACCAUUGAAGGGUGCGUCGGAGUUUUCCAUAUGGCUUCUCCCGUUUUCUUAUCUGCUGCUGAUCCGCAGGCAGAGAUAAUUGAUCCUGCAGUGAAAGGAACCCUCAAUGUCCUGAAAUCAUGUGCUAAGUCUCCUACUGUGAAGAGAGUGAUAGUUACCUCCUCUGUUGCAUCAGUUUUCCACACAGGGAAACCAGUAAACCGAGAUUCAGUUGCCGAUGAGACUUGGUUCUCCGAUCCAGAAUACUGCAACAAACGUAAGUUUUGGUACCAACUUGGCAAGACCUUGGCUGAGAUGGCUGCAUGGGAGUUUGCAAAGGAGAAUGGAAUCGACAUGGUAACCAUACAUCCUGGAGUUGUAAUUGGUCCCUUUUUACACCCCAUUCUCUCCUCUUCUGUGAGCAUGAUUCUCAACCUGGUAAAUGGAAACAAGACUUACCCCAAGUUUCACUUUUGGUCGGUUGAUGUUAGAGAUGUUGCAGAAGCUCAUAUCAAAGCUUUUGAGAAUCCAUCAGCUUAUGGGAGAUACUGCUUGGUUGGAAGCACUGUGUCAUUCUCUGAAGUUUUAAAGAUCCUUCAUAAGCUCUAUCCAACAUUGCCUCUAGCUGACAAGUGUGAAGAAAUCAAUACUUUGAUGCUGUCUGAAUUUGAGGUUUCAAAGAAGAAGGCAGAAGAAGGCUUAGGGAUGAAGUUCAUCCCACUAGAGGAGUCUCUCAAGGAUACAAUUGAAUACUUGAAGGACAAGGGAUUCCUUCAUUUCUGAUUCACCAAACUUUUCCAUUAAUGGGUUGAAAAUGUAGUGGAUGAUGUUUAUUAGGGUGAGCUUGAUUUUUUCAUGUCAUCCCAGUACCAAAUUUCGUACAAAAUACACGUAUAGGCGAGUUUCAGUAACCAACUUCAUGGGGAUCUUGUGCUUUCUACUGCGUGAAAGAUGAUGGAUAAAGAUCAGUUGCCUUG